AUGAAUUCAAAAAUGGAAUUCACGGACCGGGCUAAGAAGGCGUUGGAGGACGCCAUGGCCUUGGCCGAACAAUACGCCCAUGCCCAGCUGCUGCCUGUUCACCUCGCGGUUGCCCUCCUCGAUCCUCUCCCAGACCUGAGCAAAGAUCAACAGAAUGCCCCGCCGGGAACAAACAGCAGCCUAUUCAGACAAGUCAUUGAGCGAGCUCGUGGCGACCCGCAGCUCUUCGACCGCGCCUUGAAGAAGUCGCUCGUACGGUUGCCUAGCCAGGACCCCCCACCGGAGCAGGUGUCCAUGGCGCCGUCCUUCAAUGCAAUCCUCCGGAAGGCCAUGGAAUUGCAGAAGGUGCAGAAAGAUACCUACAUUGCCGUCGACCAUCUCAUCACGGCGCUUUCGGAUGACCCCAAUAUCCAAAUUGCCCUGAGGGACUCCAACAUCCCCAAACCCAAGCUCGUGCAGGAAGCAGUGCAGGCCGUCCGGGGCACGAAGCGCGUCGACUCACGAACAGCUGACACGGAGGAGGAGAACGAGAAUCUUGCCAAGUUCACCAUCGACAUGACGGACAUGGCCAGGGAAGGCAAGAUUGACCCGGUUAUCGGCCGAGAGGAGGAGAUCCGCCGCGUGAUUAGGAUCUUGUCACGACGAACCAAGAACAAUCCGGUGUUGAUCGGCGACCCAGGUGUCGGUAAGACAACGGUUAUCGAAGGUCUCGCGCUGCGGAUCGUCAACGCCGAUGUCCCAGACCACCUGGCAGCCUGCAAGCUCCUCUCUCUCGACGUCGGCGCCUUGGUUGCCGGUAGCAAGUACCGAGGAGAGUUCGAAGAGAGAAUGAAGGGAGUCUUGAAGGAGAUCCAUGAGUCCAAGGACACGAUCCUCCUCUUCGUCGACGAGAUCCAUCUUCUCAUGGGUGCCGGCUCCUCCGGCGAAGGUGGUAUGGACGCUGCGAACCUGCUCAAGCCCAUGCUUGCCCGCGGACAGCUGCACUGUAUCGGUGCGACUACCCUCAACGAGUACCGCAAAUACAUCGAGAAGGACGCUGCGUUUGAGAGACGUUUCCAGCAAGUCCUCGUGAAAGAGCCAACGAUCCCGGAAACCGUCUCCAUCCUCCGAGGACUGAAGGAGAAGUACGAAGUCCAUCACGGAGUCACCAUUGCGGACAGCGCCAUCGUCGCUGCCGCAAACCUUGCCGCCCGAUAUCUCACUUCUCGGAGACUACCCGACUCGGCCGUCGAUCUCGUCGACGAGGCGGCAGCAGCCGUGAGAGUUGCUCGGGAAUCCCAGCCGGAAGUUAUUGACUCCCUAGAGCGGAGACUCCGGCAGCUCAAGAUCGAGAUUCACGCCUUGUCCCGUGAGAAGGACGACGCUUCCAAGGCCCGCCUUGCCCAGGCUAAACAAGAUGCCGAGAACGUCGAGGAAGAGCUCCGGCCUCUUCGCGAGAAGUACGACAGUGAGAGGAAGCGGGGCCGGGACAUUCAGGAAGCCAAGCUGAAGCUAGAGCACCUCAAGGUGAAGGCCGAGGAUGCUAGCAGGAUGGGCGACCACGCCCGGGCUGCCGAUCUUCAGUACUAUGCGAUCCCCGAACAAGAGGCCACCAUCAAGAGGUUGGAGCAAGAAAAGGCCGCUGCCGACGCCUCGCUCAAUUCCACCGGACCCGACUCGGGUGGUUCCAUGAUCACCGAUGUGGUCGGGCCGGAUCAGAUCAACGAAAUCGUCUCGCGGUGGACCGGCAUCCCGAUCACUCGACUGAAGACGUCGGAGAAGGAGAAGUUGCUGCACAUGGAGCACGCCCUGGCGAAGAUCGUCGUGGGUCAGAGAGAAGCCGUCCAGUCGGUCUCGAACGCGAUUAGGCUGCAGAGAUCUGGUCUGAGCAAUCCGAACCAACCCCCGAGCUUCCUCUUCUGUGGCCCAUCCGGCACGGGCAAGACGCUCCUUACCAAGGCUCUGGCGGAGUUCCUGUUCGAUGACCCGAAGGCCAUGAUCCGGUUCGACAUGUCUGAAUACCAAGAGAGACACUCGUUGAGCCGCAUGAUUGGUGCUCCUCCAGGCUACGUCGGUCACGAUGCUGGCGGCCAACUUACCGAGGCGCUACGCCGACGGCCGUUCUCCAUCCUUCUCUUCGACGAAGUGGAGAAGGCCGCGAAGGAAGUCCUCACAGUCCUCCUGCAGCUCAUGGACGACGGCCGUGUGACCGACGGCCAAGGACGGGUCAUCGAUGCGAAGAACUGCAUCGUCGUGAUGACGUCCAACCUCGGAGCCGAAUAUCUUGCGCGGUCGACGAGCAAAAAUGGCAAGAUCGAUCCGACCACCAAGGAACUCGUCAUGAACGCGCUGCGAAACUACUUCCUGCCUGAGUUCCUCAACCGAAUCUCGUCGGUUGUCAUCUUCAACCGCCUCACGCGGAAGGAAAUCCGCAAGAUUGUCGACCUGCGCAUCAUCGAAAUCCAGAAGCGCCUGGCGGACAACAACCGCAACGUGCUCAUCGAGGUGUCAGACGAGGCGAAGGACAAGCUCGGCAACGCAGGCUACUCGCCGGCAUACGGCGCGCGGCCGCUGGCGCGCCUCAUCGAGAAGGAGGUGCUCAACAAGCUCGCCGUGCUCAUCCUCCGCAACAACAUCCGCGACGGCGAGAGGGCACGGGUCGAGGUCGUCGAUGGCCGCAUCACGGUGCUGCCGAACCACUACGACAGCGACAUGGGUGACGAGGACAUGUCGCUGGACGAGGACGAGGAGGACGCGCGGGACGAGCUGGCGCCGGAUUCUAUGGAUGAAGACAUCUACGACGGGUAA